AAUGUAAUGAUUUCCCCCUCUGCAUAUCUAUCAUAACUCUUAUUUUUAUAAAUCCUUUGCCAAUCCAUAGUUCAAAUUUUUACUGCAGGUUCUCUGCCAAUCCUGCCGUUGUUUACAAUAGCUUUUCAAAAUAUAUAUAUAAACGUUCCCCAUUCUUUAUUAAAGACCUCCUCUUCCUGAUUUCUAAUUCUUCCUGUAAGUUUUGCCAUCAUUUUCAGAGAUGCACCAAAACAUUUCAUUUCCAGCCUUAGAAUCAUAGAAUCUUAGAGUUGGAAGGGACACCAGGGGGUCAUCUAGUCCAACCCCCUGCAAUGCAGGAAUCCCAGCAAAAGCAUCCAAGACAGAUGGCAAUCCAACCUCUGCUUAAAAACCUCCAAGGAAGGAGAGUUCACCACCUCUUGUGGAAGUCUGUUCCACUGCCGAACAGCUUUUACUGUCAGAAAGUUUUUCUAAAUGUUUAGUCGGAAAUUCCUUUCUUGUAACCUGAAGCCAUUGGUUUGAGUGCUACCCUCCAAAGUAGGAGAAAAAAAGCAUGCUCUCUCUUCCAUGUGACAGCUCUUAAGAUAUUUGAAGAUGGCUAUCCUAUCUCCUCUGUGUCUCCUCUUUUCCAGGCUAAACAUACCCAGCUCCUUCAAGAGCUCCUCAUAAGUCUUAGUUUCCAGAUCCUUGAUCAUCUUGGUUGCACUCCUCUGCACACAUUCCAGUUUCUCAAUAUUGUUCUUAAACUGUGGUGGCCAGAAUUGGACACAGCAUUCCAAGUGUGGUCUGACUAAGGCAGAAUAGAGUGGUACUAUUACUUCCCGUGAUCUGGACACUAGACUUCUGCUGAUGCAGCCUUACCUAUUUCUCUCCUUCCACAUUCCUGUCUUCCUCCUCUUAGAGGUAAAGUGCCCUGCUCUCAGUCAUCUGGAAAACCACCAACUCCCCAAGAUGCCCUCUGCUUCAAUUGAACGGGGAGCCAGCCCACCUGGAAGUUGCCCAGCGUUCCCAAAGAUGAAGCAGUUUCGUUGACAUACUCUGGCUGAGAAAUUUCAGCAGGCUUGGAGGCUCGGACUUUGAUAGUGGGCCUGGACUGAGAGAGGCCUGACUCUUUCCCCACUGGGUUUGGGGGGGGGGAGGGCGAACACAAAAAUGGCUAUGGAACAGGAAGCGUCGGCAACCCUGGGCCUCCGUUUCCAGCCUGUGCCGGAGGAUGCGGCUCUGCCCCCCGUGGACCCAGAGGGUCAGGAUUCGGCAACCAGGUUGGAAGGGCUUCACAAACUCCAGCACAGCAACCUUCGUGGGGAAAGCGAGGACGUCCUGAGCUGCAGAGGGGAGCAGGCGUUCAGAAGACCCACAUGGGGCAACCCUCCACUCCUGCUUCCAGCCCCUUGGGAUGUCACAAAGACUUGCUUGCCUGCCUUGGAUGGGCUGGCAGAUCCAAAUGGAGAACAGGACACACAACUCCUACCAGGCCACAGUGGGGAAGCCGAACCAGCCUCUGAGGUGGGCUAUACAGACCCAUGGGGGGAUCCCUUGGGAAAGGGUGCCGUCGCCAUGGAGGUACAGCGGCUGAACUUCCGCCAGUUCCACUACCAGGAGGUCGAGGGACCACGGGAAGUUUGCAGUCAGCUCUGGUACCUUUGCCACCGGUGGCUGAAGCCGGAGAGGCACACCAAGGAGCAGAUCCUGGAGCUGCUGGUCCUGGAGCAGUUCCUGGCCGUCCUGCCGUCGGAGAUCCAGACCUGGGUGAAGAGAGGAGGGCCCGAGAGCUGCGCCCAGGCAGUGGCCCUGGCCGAGGGCUUCCUGCAGGGACAACGGGAAGCUGGGAGUUGCGGGGAGCAGGUGGUUUACCAGCAGGAGAUGCCUGUGAAUCUCCUUGAAGCUAAUCAGCCUCCUUCAGAGACAGGAGAGGAGCAGCCUGGUCAAGCAGAGGUCAAGCAGGAGGGCAACAGGGUUGGCAGCUGCACGGGUGACGGACAGAUGAGAGAAAUGGAGGAUUCACAAGUGGAAAUUGCAGAGCCGGUGGAGCUGCCAGACAAGGGGGAAGGAAAGUGUCCCCUACCAACAACAGAGGAAGAGGAAGAUGCUCCUUCGACGCAGCCUGGACCCAAGAGGAAGUUGGGAAAGGGCCCAGAGGAGAGUGUCGCUUGCGGAGAAGCCUCUGCCCACCUUGGCGAACCCGCAAACCAGCCAAAAUCCCCCCGAGGCAAGCGGGAGACGACCUGCGGCGUUUGCGGGAAGAGCUUCAGCCGCCGCACGGGCCUGCUGGCCCACGAGAGGGUGCACACAGGAGAGAAGCCCUACAAGUGCCCGCACUGCGGGCGCAGCUUCCGCUCCAAGUCCACCCUGGUGGUUCACCAGAGGACCCACACAGGCGAGAAGCCCUACCAGUGCCAGGCCUGCGGGAAGAGUUUCCCGGUGACCACGCAGCUCAUCGAGCACGAGAGGACCCACUCGGGGGAGAAGCCCUACCAGUGCGCCGAGUGCGGGCAGAGUUUCCGCCAGCGCUCGCACCUCAAGAACCACCAGAAGAUCCACACUGGCCUCAAACCCUUCAAGUGCUCGUACUGCGGCAAGGGCUUCAGCAUCAGUUCGGACCUCAUCCGGCACGAGAGGGCCCACACGGGAGAGAAGCCCUACCAGUGCCCGGACUGCGGGAAGCGCUUCUGCAACAGCUCGCAGGUCAUCACGCACCGCCGGGUCCACACCGGGGAGAAGCCCUACAAGUGCCUGGAGUGCGGGAAAGGCUUCGCCGUCAGCCAGCAGCUCAUCCGGCACCAGGCGGUCCACACGGGGGAGAAGCCCUACCAGUGCCUGGAGUGCGGGAAGACUUUUGGCGUCAGCACCCUCCUGGCCGGGCACCUGAGGAUCCACACGGGGGAGAAACCGUACCAGUGCUCCGAGUGCGCGAAGUGCUUCCGCCUCCGCUCGACGCUCAUCACACACCUGAAAAUCCACGCGGCGAGAAAAACUUAGGACCGGAAGGGGAAGGUCAAGAAGGAGAGAGAGGGAGUUUGUGUAAAGAGGAAAUCAAUGCUAGGUAAAAAGGUAAAGGACCCCUGGACGGGAAAGUCCAGUCAAAGGCGACUAUGGGGUUGCAGCGCUCCUCUCGCUUUCAGGCCGAGGGAGCCAGCAUUUGACCGCAGACAGCUUUCCGGGUCAUGUGGCCAGCAGGACUAAACCGCUUCUGGCGCAAUGGGACACCGUGACGGAAACAAGAGUGCACGGAAAUACCGUUUACCUUCCCGCUAGAGCGGUACCUAUUUAUCUACUUGCACUUGUGUGCUUUUGAAAUGCUAGGUUGGCAGGAGCUGGGACAGAGCAAUGGGAGCUCACCCCAUCACAGGGAUUCAAACUGCUGACCUUCCGAUCAGCAAGCCCAAGAGGCUCAGUGGUUUAGAUCACAGCACCACCCACAUAUCCAAUCAAUGCUAAGGAGGGCAUGGAAAUAAUAUGUCAACAGGAGGCUCUGGCUACAUUCACAACCUUUAACAAUAAGGUGUUGGGCUCUCCUUCCUUGGAGGUUUUUAAGCAGAGGUUGGAUGGUCAUCUGUUAUGGAUAAUCUAGUUGAGAUUCCUGCAUUGCAGGGGGCUGGACUAGAGGACCCUUGGGGUCCCUUUCCAACUAGUUCUGUGAUGCUGUGAUCCCAGGGUGGUAUACAACAUUAAGGACACAUUUUGCGGAGCAUCAAUAAUAAAAGCAUAAUGAAGGCAUAAUAAGAGACAGUAGAAAAAUAAAAUGAUCAUAAUAGUGGUCCCCCCACAACAGCUUUAACAGUCCAUAGGUUACUUAAUGGCUAAAGGCCUGGCUAAAGAGGAAUGUGUUUCUUGGUGCCUAAAGACAUGGAAUGAUGGCACCUAGCGAGCCUUUCUAGGGAGAGCAUUCCACAAUUGGGGAGCCACCACAAAAAAGGCCCCUUCUUGUGUUGCCACCCUCUGAGUCUCUUGGGGAGGGGGACAAAGAGAAGGCACUGUGCUACCACAUUACACAGUCAUGACUCCCCCCAAUACUUGUGGUUAAUGUCAUUUUUUAAGAUGGCUGACAGUUGUUGGGAGAGACCCCUUUUCCUUUCACAGUGCUACCACACCCAGUGAAGAGGGAUUUUGGGGGGAGUAAGGGUUGUUCAUUUUGUUUUAUGAUGUACUGUAUAUAAAACAGAGAGAACGGUUGUAACGGCAGACAAAACUUAAAAGAGGAAAAUAAAAGCUGUAAAAUAGGCACAUGGGUUGAAAUAACAAAAGUCCCUGUGAAGGGGGGUUGACUGUUAAACCAUGGGAAAUUGUAGCUCUGUGAGUGGGACCAAGGGCCUACUGACAAAUCAAGGGUAUCCUUAAAAGAAGCACAACUCCCAGAAUUAUUUGGGGGAAGCCAUUAUUGCUUGAAGUGCUAUCGUAGCACUUUAAACGUAUGGGGUGUGUGUGGCUGCUGACCUACCGAUUUAAGACUUCGAAAUGUCAAAAGCGCUUCUCGUACAGUACCCUAGUUUGCACGUCGCAUGAAGCCAAGCCACACAGGCUCCCAGAGAUGCUUCACUCCUCGCCCAGUAAUUUGCCGCUGUGCUGAGCUAAGCUUGGCUUGGCAUGUCCCCCAAACCAGGGGUCAUGGUUGAACUAGCCAUGGUUCAGAUGAAUCAUGAUUUGGCCUGUGGUUUGCGGCUUUUAGUUUGGACAAGCUAGACCCACAAGCCCAGGUUGGGAUGGAGUGCUAAGCUAAGCUACGGCUUACAAUCAUAGAAUCCUAGAGCUGGAAGGAACCCCGAGGGUCCUCUAGUCCAGCCCCCUGCAAUGCCGGAAUCUCAACUAAAGCAUCCAUGGCAGACGGCCAUCCAACCUCUGCUUGGAUCAAACAGGACAAGGAAAGUGGCCACAAUCUCCUCUCCCAGAGGAGCUAAUCCAGUGUUUCCCCAACUUGAGUCUCCACCUGUUUUGGGACUACGAUUCCCAUCAGCCCCGACCACCCCCGUCCCUUAUCACAGCUGGAGGGGCACAUUUAGAUCCUUCUGAACUACAACUCCCAUCAGCCCCAGCAAGCAUUACCAGUGGCCAGGGAUGAUGGAAGUUGUAGUUCAGCAAUAUCUAAGCAUGUGGUUUGAACCUCGGGAUUUCCUUAUCCACUGCGGAUUCCUUAGCGUUGUGCUCUGACUUUUGAGGAAGGCUGAAGGAGUAUUUGUGCAAGGAGAUCCUUUGAAGAGCUACUGAGUAAGGAACGGAAUAAUAUUGCUUGGAAGGUGGUAACUGGGCCAUGGGUGUUUGUUUGUGUGGAUAUUCAGCGCUUUAACAUUUGACCCGUAGUGCAAAUGGAAAAAACCACCAAGGAGGCAACCUGUAGGCAAAUCGAGCCCAAGAGGGAUGUUCAGCAAACCCUUCUUUCCAAAUAAAUAAGCUCCAAACCU